GAGUGAAAAAAAAAAAUGGAUCUCAGGUGUGCUGUGUUUUUGUUACUGCUGUUUUGUACUGCCUAUAGUUAUCCGUUCAGAGGUACAGCUGGACAUAGCCCGUUCGUGCAAGACCCUGAAGAAGAGUGGGAGAGAAUGAUGACAGCGAUUGGGAAUGAAGUGGAUGAGACCCAUGCACCCCAAAAUAAAUUAUUUAUGGGUGCAUCAAAUAAUGGAUCUUCAACAUCUCAAGCAAAACAAGUUCCUGAGUAUCUAAUAGCCUCAGUUUUAGAGGACAAGGUAAAGGAUUUCAAGCCAGGAAUGGGUGCUGGUCCCCUCCCUGACUGGGCCAGCGGAAUGUUGCUUAAGACUGCCACUACUUCUCCGACUGUACCAGCCAGACCACAGCUGGUUGAAAUCCUGUGCCACGUUGACAGACUUUAUGUAAGAGUCAGGAAAGAUAUCUUUAAGACUAACAACGCACACAAGUAUUUGAAAUUUGGCACCUGUCCUAUUAACCAAGGUACCGCAGAUCAUUACUACUUUCUGUACCUUUUGACUGCUGACUGUGGAUUUAAGAAGGAGAGUACUGCAGAUUAUCGCUAUGUUGGCAGUGUGCUCACCUACAAUCCAACCACUCCAGUUUUAAGAGAAAUGCCAUUUGACAUUCCCAUGCAGUGUAAAUAUCCCAGGUUGUUUCACUCCUAUAAAGUUGGCUUCUAUCCUAAACUACAGGGAGGUGAAAUUUUCAAAUCCCUUGAAUCCCACAAAUCCCUUAACUCAAAAACCAUCUUCACCCUUACUUUUCAAAAUGCAUUGGGGUUCGAUGUCACUGGUGCCCAAUCUUUCAACUUGGGUGAGACAAUGUACUUUCAGGCCAAGCCACUUUCAGCUUCUGGAAAUAGAAUUUACAUCAAUAAGUGCUUCAUGACAGCCUCCAGAAACCCCACCUCAAGUCCUAAAUAUACAGUCGUAGACAACUAUGGCUGCAUGGUUGAUGGCAUGAUGACUGAUCAGUCAAAGUUCAUCUCUGGUACCUCAAAAGUAGUCCUGAGAUUCAGUGUGGUUGCUGCAAUUUUCAAGAACAUGGUUUCCAGUGCAUCUUCAUCACAGCAACUCUACCUGCACUGUGAUGUAUCUAUGGGCCCACUUGAUCCAACUGAAAGUUCAAAGACUUGUAAUUAUGAUCUUGCUACCAAAACGUGAGUGGAAGGAGCUGUACGGCAGUGACUCUGUUUGCACCUGCUGUAAAUCAACCUGUCACU